UAUUUGUACGUGAAGGAAUUAUCCAAACAACUGACACAAAUCUUCAGAUAUGGAUUAGUUUCCCUUCCAGCGACAUUUUUAUGAGUAAACAGGAACACUUGUGAUAAAUGUCAAGGAUCGAUGUAAAAACGUCGUUUGAUAACGGGAGAACUGGUGCGAAGUGAAAAGCAAACACAAGAUUGAAAAGGCAACACUCGAAAAAUGGAGGAGAAAAAGAUGUUUGGAAUAAAUGGAAUGGAACAAAAUGACGUUGGAGCAUUGACGCCAGAACAACAACAAAAACUUAACGAGUUUAAGAUAAAAACAAGAUUUGGAAAUGAAAAAUAUUUGCGAGAACAUCCAGAGGUAUCUUGUCUUCUUACUGGAUUUUUAGGGAGUAUCUUGCAAAAAAGACCUGAGAAUGUCAGAGAAUUUGCUUCAAAAUACUUUUCAGACCCUGAGUUACCUGACAGAGUGGAAGCACAGGUUGCAGAAUUAAACAGCAGACUGAAGAGAACAAAACCAUAAUAACAAUCAUCUGGUGCAUUUAGAAUUAGUUAUGAUAAUCAUUUAUCAUCUGGAAUAGUUUGUGCUCAUAACAGUGAGAAAUGAUGCAAUGAUAAAAAGUUAGUGAUAGUUGAUACUACAGCCUGGCUGUUUGAAACUUGUUUGCAUAUGUUGUGCUUUGAAAAACAAAAUGCAAAAUAACUUAUUUGUCAUGAUUCA